GGGGAGAGAAACAGAGAGAGAAAGAGAAGAGAGUGUUCAGAGGAAGUCCCAUGAACAGCAGUGAUGAAAUGCCAGGCGUGGGUGGUGAAAUCGCAGCACCGCCAGGACCACCACCGCCGCCGCCCAUGAACAUCUACCACCACAAGCUGCACCGCGUGGUGAUGCACCCCACCUUCUUCUGGGGGAAGAACGCCGAGAUCCUCUUCUCCGGCUGGCCCGGCACUCGCACCGGCAUGUACGUCUUGUCCCUGGUCUUCGUCUUCGUCGUCUCUGUGCUUGUUGAAAUGCUCUCUCAUUCCCAACUCAUCAAAUCCUCUACAAACAGCCUUCUGGGUGGCGCUGCCGAGACCAUUAUUCAUGGGGUCAGGGUGGGGCUUGCCUACAUGGUGAUGCUUGCACUCAUGUCUUUCAACGCUGGGAUCUUCAUUGUGGCUGUUGCUGGGCAUUGUUUGGGGUUUUUCUUGUUUGGGAGUAGGGUUUUCAGGAACAAGUCUCCUGCUCCUCAGCGAAAUUCAGCCCCUGAUCUUCCUUCUAUGAGUUGCUGAUUUUGCAGUUUGUGUUAUAAAGUAUUCUUCUUUUUUCUGAAGACUUAAUUUCUGAUUGUAAUAGUCUGUAUGUAAAUAUUGUUUGAUAUGUCUGAGCUUUCCUGUUCUCUGAUAGAAAAUUAUCUGAAAAU